CUCACUCCCUCUCUCCGUGUCUCUCCCUCUCUGAUUAGAUGCACUGAUUCUUCUUGCAAUGGACGUCAUUUAGUAAAGAGCUGCCUUCAGUUGCUUCUUCGCUUCAUACUUGAUUUUCGACCUUUGUUCCUUUAUGAAAUGUUCUUGUGAUAUAGUUAGGAAUAUCGGCUUUUAGGAGUCAAAGGAAAGAAGACAGACUCUGCUAUCAUGCAGAUACACAACGUCAGAUCUGGAUGGCAGAAGACGGAUAUACGAAAGUUUUAAUAAUAAUCUGCAGCAUUUUGCAAUCAAAUGAAGUGCAUCAGGAAUUGUAACCGAAUGCUGAUGGAUUACCGUGUUUCGGUGACUCAUAUAUGAAUAUUGAUGUUGCGCUUUUGUGCUGGGUUUUAUUCGGUCUAAUUUGUUUUUCGUCGUUUCAUCAAGGUUUUAAUUUUUAAUGAUUUUUUAACCUCGGCUUGUUCGAUUCACUACCCAAAUGUUAGUGCACAGUUUUUCUGCUAUGGAUCGUCAUGACGGUAGUAAUGGGACUGCCAGGAUAUCUCAGCUGGGAUCCGUGGGUCAGUCUCCGUACUCCAGCGCGCCCCCACUCUCGCAUACUCCCAACUCUGACUUCCAGCCUCCAUAUUUUCCGCCACCUUACCAGCCCAUCUAUGCUCAGUCACAGGACCCUUACUCGCACGACCCCUAUUCCCUAAACUCUCUACACACACAGCCACAAACACAGCACCCAGGAUGGCCGGGCCAAAGGCAGAGUCAGGAGAGCAGUCUUCUGCAUCAGCAUCGCGGCUUGCCCCAGCUGUGCAGGGACUACCGGAGAGACGUUCUCCUGCAGUCCGCACACGGCUUAGAUCCUGGACUAGCAGAUUCUAUCUCUAUCCAUGGAAUACCUCAUUCUUUGGAAGAAAUGCAGCACGUUGAAGAUCAAGCUAACAUCAUCCAAGACCAAACUGUAAUUAAGAAGGGUCCUGUGUCUUUAUCUAAGAACAACAGCAACAGCAUCUCCACAAUCCCUAUGAGUAAGGACGGUCUCUUUGGAGGCGUGAUAAACCCAAAUGAAGUGUUCUGUUCUGUUCCGGGCCGCUUGUCUCUGCUUAGCUCCACAUCAAAGUACAAGGUCACAGUCUCAGAGGUUCAGAGACGCCUCUCGCCCCCCGAGUGUCUCAAUGCCUCGCUGCUGGGAGGCGUUUUGAGGAGGGCAAAAUCUAAGAAUGGAGGGCGGUCCUUAAGAGAAAAACUGGACAAAAUUGGAUUAAACCUCCCAGCUGGAAGACGCAAGGCUGCGAAUGUCACGUUGUUAACAUCACUUGUAGAGGGCGAAGCCGUUCAUCUUGCCCGAGAUUUUGGUUACGUGUGUGAGACAGAGUUCCCAGCCAAGGCAAUUGCGGAAUACAUGAACCGUCAGCAUUCCGACCCAAAUGAACAAGUCCAGAGAAAAAACAUGUUAUUGGCAACGAAACAAAUCUGCAAAGAAUUCACAGACCUGCUUUCCCAGGACCGUACGCCCUUGGGGAAUUCUCGACAACAGCCCAUUCUAGAACCAGGGAUUCAAAGUUGUUUGAGCCACUUUAGUCUAAUUUCUCACGGAUUCGGGACCCCAGCCAUGUGCGCAGCCAUAACGGCCUUGCAGAACUAUCUGACCGAGGCUAUGAAAGCUAUGGACAAAAUGUACCUCAAUAAUAACAGUCACAACGACAGCGGCACUAAGAGUGGGGAGAAAGACGAGAAGCACAGAAAGUGAUGAAAUAUAGGCGAUAUAUUUGCCAGUCCUCUUGUGAUUUUACAAGUCUUUUUACAUCACAUUCAUUUCAACUUUGGAAUCAUGGGAAGUAAGGUAUUUUUCACCCUAGAAUCAAAUGGGAAAAACAAAGGAACCAGACGGAGAGAAAAGGCCUUCCAACAGACCACUCGGGAGACUUUAUGUACCACCUCCUUCUUGAGCUGCAACAAACUGACGCUCUGCCGCCCUUCUGUAUCUCCAGUUAUGAUUGUAGCUAUAAAAGAAGAUGAAAGAGGAUGCAUUUCUAUCAGUAUUGUGAAUAAUAAACUUGAAAAACUGAAUCCACUCAGUUCCAUGUCAUGACUUCAUAGUAGACUUCCACGCCUAAGGUAAAACGACCAACUUGAACUUUUUGAAUUUCAACAGGAUUUUCGGUGACGGAAAAGUAUAUAUAUAUAUAUAUAUAUAUAUAUAUAUAUAUAUAUAUAUAUAUAUAUAUAUAUACUAGUAGUCUAUUUAUGCCUAAUUUAAUGGGAAUUGUAAAUAUAGUGCCCCCCCCAUCCCCCCUCGCUGUCCUUCCUGUUUUAAUGAGUUUGUAUAAUCGAUGUGGUUUUAUUAUUCAUAAGCGUUUUGGGUGCUACUCUGCUCUGGGAUGUUUUCAGUUAGUUAGCAUAUUGUGGGGACAUGGACAGAAGUGAGCAAUUUUGAUGAAAAAAUACCCCUCCGUGUUGUAGGUCCUGUGAUCCGCUUCCUCAUUUCCCUUAAACUGGCAAACUGGCAAAGAACAGGACCCCAAGGAUGAAUGAGACUGUUUUGUGUUUUUGUUCGGCCUUGAGUUCAUACAAGCCUUUAAGUGUUUAUGUACCAACGAAAAGAUAUACUUUUAACCCCAUGUUCUUCCCCGGAAGGACAGUCACAGCAAUAAAUUUGUAUUGUAUUUUGGAAA